AGCACCGGACGGCGAUCACCACCAGCACCGUCAACAUGCCGCGUUGCCUCAUGGCCAAGAAAUGGAAGGCCUAUCCUUGGCCGGAUCGCGUGGACGAUCCACAGGAGGAGCAAAACGAUCCUUCGGCUAUGCUGCAGGAACACACGUCCCCGAGUCAUACGGGGAUUCAACAGAUAUCCGCCACGAUGGAGAAACGGCAGCACAGGCAUGAGCCGGAAGACGAGGAGAUCGACGUGGUCGGGGACACGGAUAGCAGGCAGGUCGAUCAUCAGCAGACCUGUUGGGGUCCGCACAGUCCUACCGCUGGUGCCACUGCACCUAGCCCACCGCCUCUCAACGCCUCCGGCGCUCUUUACUAUCAUGGUUACACGCACGAAUCGUGGAUCAACCACGAGGAGCCGCCAAAAUACGCGACCCUGCGUUCGGCAGCGGAGCUGGCCCGACCGGUGGUCCCGUCUCCUCCGCCUCCAGCCGCGCAGCAGGAGCUGCCGGUGGUGGUGACCGGGUCCAGUUUGCACCAACCACACCCAGUAGCCCCAACGACCACCCCUUCGUCGUCCGCGUCGUUGAGUCUACCUCCUAGAAAAAGCCUGUCCAUGUGCUUCACCAGCACCGGGACGGCGCUCUCGCUGCCCCCGAAGAAGAAGGACAUCUACCGACCCUAUAGCCUUCAGCCAACAUCGGAGAUCCGGACGUCGGCCGAGGAGGAUCUGUCAGCCGCGCAGGCGAUCCUCGACCUGAGCGCGUCACCGGCUGCGCCCACGCACUCGGUCUUCAUUCACACGCUAUCACCACCGCCGCCACCGCCGCAGCCUACAGCGCCAACGGCGCCUAGCGCUGCGACGGCCGGCCAGCUGCAGCCGGCACAGCAGCAGCCUAUACCCGUGUCGGUGCUGGUCCCGGUACCUAGCUCGCAGACCAGCCAGCUGCGACAACAAGAACAGACGCCGCAACCUCAGUCACCUGCCACAGCCGAGGCGAACGCAGGCAACUGCUCCGCUGGUAGAGAUGGCAGCAGCGGCAGUAGCAAGACGGUCGCGUACACGUACGAGGCUUUCUUCGUGUCGGACGGUCGGUCGAAGCGUCGUGGGAACAGCACUAACGGCGCCGCGGUGCCCGACAAGGAGGCUACCCAACCGGACAGGCCGAAGUUCACCUGUACCGAAUGCGGUAAACAGUACGCCACCUCCUCGAACCUGUCCCGGCACAAGCAGACCCAUCGCAGCCUAGACUCUCAAUCGGCGAAGAAGUGCAUCCAUUGUGGCAAGGCGUACGUGAGCAUGCCAGCUCUGGCGAUGCACGUGUUGACCCACAAGUUGGCCCACAGUUGCGGCGUCUGCGGCAAGAUGUUCUCCAGGCCUUGGUUACUGCAAGGUCAUCUCAGAAGUCACACCGGGGAGAAGCCUUACGGGUGCGCGCAUUGCGGCAAAGCGUUCGCCGAUCGUUCGAACCUGCGCGCCCACAUGCAGACCCACUCGGCGGACAAAAAUUACGAGUGCUCCCGAUGCCACAAGACGUUCGCGCUGAAAUCUUACUUGAACAAACACCUGGAGUCCGCGUGCCUCCGCGACGACGAGAUACCGCCGCAGCAAGCGGCCGGCAGCAACAGCAACAACGCGACGCAACACCAGCAGAGCAACAACCGUGGUUUGUAGCAGCGCUUCGACGACGCGAACGCGAUGAUCACCAGACGCCCGGACGUCCUUAGCGAGUCUAAGGAGAGCUAGCGGUCAUUCCCGGCCACAGCCGGUUAACAGCCGGGCUUUCGAGGAAAUCAGCAGGACGAGGAUUAACGCAUAAGGUUUGCCGUAGGUUUUAAGUAGAAAAGUGCCAGUAGUGAAUUUCGGGAAUAGAGAAGUAAACCGUGAGAUGUAGAGUAAAAAGAAAAAAAAAAAAAAGAAAAGACGAGGCAGGGGAAGGAGGAGAUCGAACGAACGAAGAGUUAGAGGAGGUGUCGGCUUCGUAAAAUAAUGUCUAACAUUAAUAAAAACGUCCAAUAAUGUUAAGUCUUAAAAAAAAAAAGGGGGAAAAAGGGAGAAACAAAACGAGAGAAACGAGAACAGAGAACACGUCGAACGGUGACGUCCACACUGCAGUCUAGUCACUCUAGUCGAUUAUACCUAAUACAUUAUGAUAUUAUAUUAUUAUAUAUUAUAUAUUAUAUUAUAUUAUUAUUAUUAUAUAUAUAUAGUAUAUUUACUAGCGCGUACGGUUCUAGUCGCGAGCUCGUUACGGAGACACUAUUUAUUGAUAAUUUAGCUGCCUAAAGAAAAAAAAAAGAAAAUAAAACUCUUCGAUGCUUGAAAAUAUACCAAAAAAAGAACACACAUACACACACAUAUACGACAUACAUACAAAAUGGGGAGAUACGUCAGUACUUGAAAAAAAGAUGCAAUAAUGAUAAACGAUAACGUGAUUUUCAGCCGGUUUUCGAUUCAUCCCUUAACAUUCGAUACAUCCAUCGACGCCGUUCGUGAACGUCUCGCGAGAAUCGAAUCGCGUCGAAAAAACGAUCGUCGCUAGCUGGUACGCACACCCGUCACCCCGACACUUAUUUUACCGAAAAUUCAGACCCAAUCGACCCCGUUCGCACGUUCCUCUUCGAUGGAUCCUUCGGUGGACCACGUUAUAUUCGACCAGGGGUCGAUCUCACGGUGGAUGUACCUUAAUCCCGUGAACAAAAUUCACGUUAUUUUUAUUCCACGGUGUACAUUAUGUAUAUAAGAUAAUGGUUCACUUAUCGAAAGUGGAUGUUCAAUAAUUUCCUUUCCGCGAUGCUACACGAACGAAUACAAAGUGAAAAGGAAAAAGGAAAUUCAAGAUUUACACGGACACAGAGACACAAACACGUAGGGCAAAAUGAACACAAGCGUAUGUUUAGAGCAAAUUCAAGUAAUAGAUGCGUAAACAUUGUUAUACACAUAUUUUAUAGAAGCAAUAUAACGAGUAAGAAAAUAAUUAAAAAAAAGUAAAUAAAUAAAUAAAUAAACCAGUAAUAAUGACGACGCGUACGGUCAAAAAGCAAUGUUUCGACACAACGAAUUAUAUAAUUAUACAUAUAUAGAGGCGAACAUCGAAGUUUAACGCGAUGGGAAAUUAAACAAAAAAAAAACGAUGAUUUGCUUCGGUAUCGAACUUAUUCGAUCGUCCAACCACGCUCUUCGAUCAUUUUCGUGAUCGUAUGUUAAACUGUUCGAGUUUCAUGGUUUAUUUAUUUCACUGUCUCUCUAUGCUUAAUGAAAAAAACAAUUUCUUUCGUAUUGGUAAGCAAAAGCUAUUCCUAUUUUAGAAUCUAAUAUAUAUAUAUAUAUACAUAUUUGUAUUAGAAUGGUUGGAUAAAAUAAUGGGAGCAAUCGAGGAAUCAGCGACUCAAUGAUUCGCCUUUUUCACAACACCAAAUUUACAUUCUUAAGAAUUUAGUUACCUAGUAGUGUCACUUUGAUAUUAGUAAUUAAUGACUGAAUACUAAUUAAAUAGGUAUUAUUCGUUCAUUUGCUACUCGAGAUACGGAAAAAUUCAUGCGCGCUGUAACCAACGAGAAAGUUGAUAAUACUAAUCAAUCUUUCAUGUUUUAAUUAUUUAAAUAGAUAGGGGUUAAAUUUGUAACGUCGUCCUUAAUGAAUGAACAACGACGGACAAUAUUUCUUGUCGUAUCGAAUAUUACAUACAUCGAAUCUUGCUCGUUCAUCAUCGAUUAAACAUCGUACAUUAGUUAACAUCGUUCUUCCAAGUACAACGAUUAUAGAGAGACAGAGAAAUCCAGCCGAGAGACUCGAUCAUUUUCUUCCAUUCGAUCGACGUUGCUAUCUAAAGAUAGCAACGAUUGUACCAGGCCAAAUUAUUCUAAAAAAAAUAUUUUACAAAAAAAGAAAAGCGAAGAAAUCGCGAGAGAACAAAGAAGAGCGUGGAUCAGAGCCAGAAAUGGCUCGACGAUCCAACGAGUCCUUUUGUAAUAAUUAUUGCCGACAAAUAAUUACCGCGUUGCAUGUACAGAGUAGCCGACCUCUCACCGCCAAAGUAACGAAGCAAAAAAAAAAAAAAAAAUGAACUGCAAAAAAGAAAAAAAAAUGAAAAAAAAAUGAGAAAGAACCGAAGCACACGGAGAACAGAAAAACGAACACGAUAUUCUUUGUUGUUUUUCCCCUGGUUGCUUAGCCGGUUCGAUGGCCCAGAAUUCAGAAGAAAAAUCUGGUCGAUCGAAUUUAAAUUGAUGAGAAAAAAAAGAAGCUUUUCUAGUUUUUUCCUUUAAAGGAAAUUGAUUUCGUGAGUUGUAUGCCGUGCGUGCAAUUGCGAUCUCGCGUACGUAAAUAACAUACGAACGUAGAGCAAUAAAGUCCUAAGCAAUACUAAUUAAUUAAUUAAAGAAGGAAAGCAAUUAAUAUAAAUUAGUAAGUCGAUUCGAAUAGGAAAAGAAGAUGGCAAAAACGUUCAGGUGAACGCAAACGAAGCGCACUGUUUGACGCGUGGGGUUUUUUUUGUUUUUUAACUUAAGGCUCGACGUGGACGAGCGACUUUUGUCAUUGAAAUUUUGCAAUAAUAUUUUCAAAAUAUUAUUGAAAUUUUAAAUAUUUGGUAUCGAAUUUAAAUAAAAGGAAUCAAGAAAAUUGAAAUGGACCUAGGUUGGUUUGGUAGAGUGGAUGAAGCAAAUACCAUAUCGAAUACUUAUUUAGUACCAUUCAAAAUUAAUUAAUUAUCCAUAACCAUAUUCGAAACCUACCAAAAUUAUUCUAACGAAAUAGUCACUCGUUUGCUCGAGUUCUUUCGCUUCGUUUCCAAUUGCAAACUCGAAUUGCAUUUAUUCUGUCUCAGUUUCAUUGUUCUUCAUUACUUAAUAAUAUAUUUAUUUCUUUUUUUCUUACUAAUUGUUAUCAGUAUUAUUAUUAUUAUUAGCGUUUGCAUCAUCGUCGUAAUUUAUUAUUGUCAUCGGUAUUUAUUAUAUUUAUUAUUAUUAUUAUUAUUGUGUACUUUAUUUAUCCUUAUAUUAAAUUCACCUUAUUGCGUUGUUGUUAAUUGUAUUAUAAUCAUCAUUUUCUAAUCAUUUAUCGUUUGUUAUUAUUGCGCCUGAUACAACGAUUUUUGUACAACGAUCAGUGAAAGAAAAUACGUGCAAUCCCUGUCGUUUCGUAUAUUUUCCCGUGAAAAAAAAAAAAAAAAAAAAAAAUAAUAAUAAGAAAGAAAAUGGAACGAUCGAGGCUAAAACAAUUCGUUGAACCAGUCUCAAGCGUGUACAGUCGUUUUAAUCGAUAAUAUAAUCGAACUUCCGGAACGUGGUAAUGUACAUUAUGUACUUGUAGCGUAGAAUGUACAUUAUACGCGUUCUUGUACGUGAAAAAAAAAAAGAUACUCGUAUAAGUACUUACACAUAAUUGUAGUAUCUGGUAAACGCGUAGAUCGUAUCGUGAAUUGGUGAUUUGUCUGGAAAAAAAAAUAAUUUCAUUUUUUGAUGAAUCUUAGAAAUUCCAAGGAACGAUUGGAUCGUAUUUUUCUAUGAUGUUAAAUAAAAUUAAAAAAAAAUAAAAUAAAAUAAAAAGAAAUUAAUCGUGACUCGUCCUCUACGAUUAGCUUGCUUCUAUGAUUAUUAAUAUAUUAUGAAAGAAAAAGAGAGAAAUUGGAAAUUGUAAAGAUUUGAAACGAAGAUUUAGGGGUGUUUGUAAUACGUAGGUGGUAUUGGGAAUUUGUGAUUCGUCGGGAAACAUCAUUUUUCGAUGAUCUUUGAAAUUGCAAGGAACGAUUGAAUCGUAUUUUUGUAUUCGGUUUAUAACGUGAGAUAUAAUGAUUGAAUCGUGACUCGUCCUCUGCAUACUUGAUUAGAAUACGUUGAAAAAGGGAAUGGAAACGAAAAAGAAAAAAAAAAUUGAUCGUGUUCCAAGUAUUUUUUCAAGCGUGUCUCUGGCGAAAUAUCGAGAGACGUUGAUCCUCGAUUAAAAAAAGAAAGCCGAGGUUGAACGCAAAUAUUCGAUGAGAAAGAAAGAGAGAUAGAGGUAAACGUGGAUCGAGUUCAGAGUUCGUUACUGGAAAUUGCACCGGUUUGUUAGGGAAGUCUCAUGGACAAUUAAACUAUUUUAAUUGACCGGCCGGCGGCGAGGCCAUUUCACGUUUGUCGUAACUUCGUGGCGUUAUUAACGGCCGAAAGCGAUUCUCAAACUAAUUAACAGUUCUUUUCACCUGCAUCCCUGGAAAAUUCUCCAUUUUCCACUGUUUCUUUUCUUCGUUAUCGAGCAAAUUAAAAUCAUUUAAUUAACAUUUCAACGAACGAGCUACCUUCUUACUAUUCUUCGAAUAAAAAUUAUUAUUAAAUCCACGAUAAUGUUAAUGGUAUUUUUAUAUUUCUUUUUUUCUUCCACUCAACACGGUUGGUAGGAACGGUUUACAGGUUUCGCAAUUUCUGCUCAAUCGGUUGGAACGACACGUCAACUAUGUAGUCAGGAUUGUUUUGAUAUCGAUUACAGGAAACAGAAUCAAUUUGUAAUACUGUAUACAUUUACCGAAGGCUACAGGUAAGCCAAUUGUUCGCUGAGAUACACGUGUCAGUUCGAAACCGUGUAUAGUCACGUUAGAUGUAUAGUCUACCCGUAUAAUUCAUGAAUGAAACAGUCAACAAUUACUUAACACACUCGGCGCAUUGAAUAUGAAUAUACUGAUCACGAUAAUUGCGGUCGUUACAUUUGGUGUGACUAUUUAAUUAGUAGUAAUUUGGAAAAUACAUAGCGAAUCGACCAAUUAUCCUACAAUUCAAUUCGGUGCUUUGUCCAGUAAUGAUACGAUAAAAAAUUGACAACUGUCUGAAACGCUCAGCAGCUCAAUCCUGUCAAUCACGGAUUCGUUGUUAAUUAGAGAUGCUCAAACAUGUGUGUACAAAACGUAGAUGAGACAGAAUGAAUACCGUGUAUUUAUCGAUAACGAGUGACGAGGCACGGCAAGUAAUUAGAGAUAGAGAUAAUCAACGAUAAGCGAAGCAAUAUUUUACGAUUAUUUCUGUAAAUAUAUUUCGCAAAUAUUUAACGAAGCGUCGUUUCAAGCGCAACCAUCAACAAUUUGCAUUCGAUAAGAAAUGAUAAGAAUAAAAUUUAGUAAUUAUCGUUAACGAGUUCCAAGGAAUCUCACGAUCUACCGCGUGGAUCGAUUUUCAACUGAAUUUUCACACCACGAAAACCGGAAGUAGCGACGGUAGAAUCUAGCCCUAGUUUGCACAAUCCAACAGAGAAGAACUUCAUUAUUUUCUAGAAAGUAAUUAAAAAAAGGAAACACUUUUGUUUCGACAAAAGUACCAACUCUUUCCUCCACGGCCAUUCCUUCUCGAGGACGAGUUCCAGUCUUGCCCAGUUGAUAAAAAAAAAUGGAAAAAAAAUGUUAAAAACGCGCGUAUCUCUUAAGCAAUAUAUUCUGUAUAUACCUAUCUAUUCUAGAUCUAUAUACACUUAAAUAUUAUACAUGUAUAUAAUACGUACACGUAUGAGAAUUUCCUAAAGACACACUCGACAACACACUCUUACACCUACACGAUUACACGAUUAGAUCUCUCUCGUGUAAACUCUCUGUAACUUGUGACUAGUCUAAUCUUCCCCUAAUCGAAGCGAUCGUUCUUCGUGCUCGCUAAUUCGAUCACUAUUUCUUGCUUGGAAACUGAGAAGUUGGGAAGCGGGAACAGCAAUUUUGAGAAAAUUUGCAAUUAUUCAAAAAUAGAAAAAUUAAAAAUUUUGGAAUUGGAAAUUUUGAAAAUUUACCAUCUGCUUUUUAAUUACGAAUCCACUGUUGCUGUUCUCACCCUCCACCUCUACUUCUGCUGUUCCUUCUACCUUUACCUUAAAGAAUUUCUACUCGCGACACGAUAUUCUUCGUCGCUGUCUGCUCAAAUACUGAAUUUGUCGAGCAAAUCUUCGAUCGUGUUCCUGAAACCUCUCGGUUCGAUAGAAUAAUCGACAAGCUCGUCGUCUACCCCUAAUCUCUACCCUUGUCGAUAUUAUCCAAAAGUGAUCGAUCAAUCCUGUACAAUAGAAUCUAAAUUAUGAAAAAUCCAAUAAUUUUUUGAACUUCCUCGAUUAUCCUUUACGAAUCGUCACGUUUCAUCCUAAAAAAAGAAGACUAUAUUUCUCCCCAACCCAAAACUGUGGAUGCAAGAAAAAGUAUCUUCGACCAAAACUAAAGAAAACUUCUUUCUUCGAAAUUUCAACGCUGAAACGCUUUCUUCUCGCUCGACAGAGCAAUCUCGAUCUUCGCUGCGAAUCGACACCCUUUCGAAAUCGAUUCGAACAAGCGAGACAAGUUGUCUCGUCAGACUGACGCGAACAAACGCGACGGAAAAUAAAAAAAUAAAUAAAUAAAAAAGUGGGAACAUUCGUUACUUUGUCGCUCGUUUUACUCGUUUAGGUUCUAUGAAUCGAAGCUUGAAAAGAAGAGAAGAGAGGACAGGAGAUCGAGGCUCGUGAUUGAAAUGCCGGAAGCGAACGAGUAGAUAUACCGUCAACCCCCAGCUGCAUUUUAACGACGAGACUCUCUUAGUUCCGAUAGUAUCGUUCGCUAUAUAGGGUGACGCGUUUGAACGAUACGCUGAAAUCUUCUCGUUUAUCCAAAAAAAAAAAAAAAAAAGAUGAUAUCGACCAACGAAGGAAUUCGUCUCGAACGCGUCCCGUUUUGUAAUCCUUCCAACGAGAGCCUUGACAGUUUUUUAACUAUUCGUUAGUUAUCUUAGCGUAAGAGAUGAAAGAGGGAGGGGAGGAAAUUAGAGAAGAGGUGGGAAGGAACGGUCCACUUUCGAACGACCCUUUGGCUACUUGUCAUUAUUUGAUUUUCAAGUGGAAUUCCACUGGAUUUUAAUUGCAAAAUAAAAUAUUAAUAUUUGUCGAUUUGCCAAUUUAGAAAAAAUUCAAAUAUCAAUACUAAUUGACACCAAGGGCUCAAUCGAGGCCCAGCCAAAGGAGUUAAGUAACUAAAGGGUUAACGAACGUCGGUGUUUCUCACCAGACAACAAAAUUCCUUUUCUGAUCCUAAUAAUUUAAAGGACGAGAAACAGUGUUGCGAACGACCAGAACGAUAGACUAUCGUCUACUAAGGAACCGGACGUCCGUUGUACCCGCUGUGCAAACGAAUCAAAGAUUUGCCCGUUUAUUCUUGAGAAUCUUCGAAUGAAAGAGGCGCCUAAUAUAUAUAUAUAUAUAUAUAUACAUCCACACACAUGUAGAAAUAGUAUAGUUUCAGUAUACACACACGAGUUAUACAUAAUAUAUUUUAUAUAGUUGAAGGAAAAGAAAUCUAGAAAGAAUAAAGGAAUCCGUGUAGCUUCGACUUCCGAUAGCAUGGAGAACAGUUAGCCACGUAUAUGAAAUAAUUAUUAAAUAAAAAAUAAAGCCUCGCACGUUUUCGACAGAUUCACAGGUCUCGUUUUUUGCGGCGGCUUCGAUGUGGCUGAGAUACCUUUAGACUCCGUCGAUGAUAAUAAGAUGCGCUUAAAUAGCACCAUGUCACUUUAGAGAACAAUGUGUUCAGGAUUCUAGUUCUAGCGUUAAGUACGUACACACUCUGAGGGCAACUUAGGCUUCCCUUUGUUGGGGAGAAAUGGAGGGGAAAGAAUUGUCAUAUUUACCUAUAAUGUUUAUUUGCAAAGAUGGAGGGUUCUGUGUUAGGCUGUCCUUACGUUCUUUUAACGCGUUCGCUGCUACCCAGAAAAUUUUAGGGACAUGAUGUGUGCCACUAUAUCCUAAUUCCUACGAGCAACGUCGAAGCACAAUUGACGAGUGGCACACGGGUCAUUACAUUCUAUGAUGACAAUGCUUCGACGGUGGCGGAGAACGUUUUGAGGUGCUCCUAGGGUUCCCUAGGAUUCUCUUAUGGUUAUCCCUAGGUUUGCCCAAAAUUUUCCUAAGGCCAAAAGCAAAUGGUGAAAAGAGUUCUCUUUUCAAGAGGAAAAAGAGCUUUAAGCUUUUCCUGGAUCCAAAACAAAUAUGAGGCUUCUCCCCCCGCCUUCCCCCUCAACCAAGAAAGGCCUACGUUGCAGCGGAGUGUACACACCAAAAGUAGCCACCGUAAGCGUGUUUUUCACGAUCGAUCCAUCCCGCUCUCACCGGAUUCUUACUUACUUUCGCCCGGUUCUCCUUCCAACGCUUGGAUUUCGCCUUCCGCUUCCUUAUACGCGAUCGCGAUGACCAUCGAAAAUGCACGUAUCAGGAAAUAUCUAUUGCGAAAUUCUUCCGAUCGUUCUUCAUAAAUGAAUGAAAAUCUUCUAUUUACAAACUCACGAUUACGAAAUGAAUUCUCGCUGACCCCCAAGCUCUUCGAACAAACACAGUAUCGCAACGAUUGUUAAUCAAUAUACGUUUCGUAAAAGGAAGUUUGAUUGAUAAAAUAACUACGAUUGCUUCAGUUCCUCGCGCCAUUUAGAGCAAUAUGCUUUCAUUUCUCCUCCGACGAAAGCAGAGGAAUCGCGAUAGAAAAUAUUCUACGUCUAUUUUGAUCUACUUUAAAAGGAUGCAACGAGGAACAAGUUCGUUCACACGCACACUAUUGCAUAAACAAGGAUUAAUAGUACAUAUAUACACUUGUACAUCCAUAGUAUAUAAAAGUAUAUGCAUAGAGAAUUAAACGAAACUCGACUAUUUAUCGCCCAUUACGGAUUGAAUAUCACUACAAUCAUUUAUAACGUUGUCUCUCUAAGUGAUAAUUAAUUUUAAGCUUAUUUUCUUGGAGAAUCAUAAAUUUCUAAACAUGGUAGAAUUGAAGUUUUCAGGCCCAAUAAAAAUAAUUAUUAACAAGGAUGGAAAAAUUAUCAAUGGGCUGAUAGGGAUUCGGAGUCUAAUUAAUUAAAAUCAGGGCUCCUCGUGUCACUUUAAGUCCCAAUCUACCCCUGGAUAUGGAAACGUGACUCAAGGAGUUGAUGGUGGUGUACAAUAACCUUUGCAUUUAUUAUUUAUAAAAAUAAGAAUUUGAUCACUUAGAGAAACAACGUUAUUAUCCGUGAUCGCUCUGGAUUCUUUCGGGUCGGCCGCAUCCGUUUCCCUUUUGGUUCCCCUUUCUCCGCGUUCUAGUGUAAAUAAAAGAACCGCGUAGGGACGAUGUAACGAUAUAAAGAAGUUAGUAGGGUUUAACGAUAAUAGGGAAAAAAAGAUAUUAAAGGUGAAAACUUUAAAGCGUAUAGUAUGUAAGAGUCUCACGGGACGAGGUACACUCUGUAAAGUAAGUAAUGUUAUACUGGCGAGAACUGGGUUCCCAGUCGGGCCAAUAUUCGAUAAAUAUCGGCGUGAUGAACUAUUUUCAUUUCUCUCUAUUUUCCUCGUUCUGUUCGUGAUCGUGUAACGAUCGUUGCUUAUUCUCGGAUGUUGCAAGUCUGUCUUGACGUGACAUUGCCCGGAUUCGUCGGUUUCAAAGAAUCGAAUUCUCAUUCCCUUCGUUUCGUGCAUAAAACCUUCACUAUUUUUUGUUUUUUAAAUUCCCAGUUUCUUCAAAAUUUGAAGCGCGAAAUGUCUAAAAAUACAUUUUUGAAUCUCUCACUGGGAAAACUGGGGCAACGAUGUACAAGCUUCGCGUACGAUUAAUCCAUAAAUGGUAAUCGAAUCCGGUGACCCGAAUCUUAAUGAAUGAACCCGGAAUUAAUUGCACGAAAAUGACACGGGACGAAGGUGACAAACAGGAAAUUCUCGCAGCUUCGCGUGAAUCUCAUCAGUUAUAUGUUUCAGGGUUAAAUGUGAUUACAAGUCGAUCGCUUUAACGGUUUCGCCGAGGAUCGCGGAUAAUCGCCGAUUCAUCGUGAACAUUUUAUGGGUAGGGGGGAACGCUGGAAACUUUGUGUUUUCAUUGAACUGUUUGACUGCCUGUUUCUUGUUUACAAUUCAAUCUGACUGGUAAUUAAAAUGAAUAAAGGGGUAGAGAAAGAAAAAAUGUUUUCCCCUGCAAAGGUAAAGUGAACUACGAAGUGGGCAUCAGUUUCACCAGUCUUCAGAUCGCGUGCAAUUCCUUCCCACCCGUAGCAAAAAAAUGCUCGCAUGCCAACUCACCAGCACUACAGCUGAAUCACGAGGUACCAAGUGGCUGUUCGUGUUAGACGCAUAUUUUGUGUAGCCAAUGUUCGAUGUUGAGAGAAAAAAGAUCAUACGAGAUUACGUAAUAAAUGUUCAAUUAUACUUGAUGUAAUACUCAAUAAGAGACUAAACAAAACGCAUCGAUAAUAUUAAACGUACGGAACGUUGAUUUUUCUUUUUAAUUGAAACGACUGGACCAUUCGUACCAUCGUCGAAACGACAAAGGUUUAUCGCGAACUCAAACACGAAUACGUUUCUCGCUCGUGUCUAAUCGCAUAGAUGCUAGUCGUGUAAGGUGAAAAGCAAUACUCGAUCGGGGAAUAAUUUUCGUGCGUGUGAUGUGUCAUUCAGCAUGUACAAAUAAGCAAUAACACAUUACCCCUUGACAAAAACGAACUCCGGGUUCCCAUGUCGGUGACACCCGACAGCAUGGAACGGCCAACCGAAAACGCGCGUGCUCGAUCGAUCCAGGAUUGCUCAACAACUAGAAAACGAGUCAAUAACGAGUCAAUAACUUCGUAAGAGUCUCGUUAGUUUAAUUUACGAUCGUAGUUAACCGUCUAUAGCAGUGAUAUUAAGUACAAAGAGAGGAAGAACGAAAACGAGAAGGCGCGAAAUUAGAAAAAAUAAAUAAAUAAUGUCAACUUUCUUCUUCACUUAACGGCGUUGAUCGCGCGCAUUUUCAGUCGGUAUUGGAAAUCGGAUAAAAGUGAUCGUCGAUCGGUAUUUGACACGUAGACUCGAUACUCAAAGAAGCAAUAUUAGAAAAAUGUUUGAAAUUGAAAUUAAAAAUGAUUGUAUUUUGAAUAAUACGUCAACGUGUUAAAAUAUUGAUAGAAAAUAUUUUGAAAAUAUUUUGAGCGAUCACUUCAUGAGACGAUCACUUCUCUAGCAUCUCAUGUCACAAGAAAUAAUCUCUCUAACUGUUCGCUGUAAAUUUUCCAUUUAAUCCGCGACCUAUAUGCGUACGACGAACACCAGUCGCCGAAAGCGUUCGCAAUUAAUAAUUAAAAUUACUAACAACGAACUGCACGCAGCAGUGCGUGACGAUAAGUAUAUUUUCACGGACGUGGAGAAAAGAUAAAUCGAAACUGCGUCCUGGAAUGUCCUCUCGCUCGAAAUUUCUUCUAUCUGUCGCUGUACCGUUUCCUCUUUCGAUACUUAUCUUCCGUUCCUACCAGAUCCUUUAUCAACUUCAACAACGAAUAAGUUCUCCCUUAAACGACACCCGUAAAAAUGGUGUUCUCCUAUCCUCUGUCUCCUCCCAUCUGUCUCCCUUCUAUUUCAAUGUCACUACGACCCUUCGUCUGUCAACGAAGAGCAUUCGACGAUUCUUCGUCUUCGGUGUGAUAAACGCGAGUUCUGAUUCGAUUCCGUGGUGUUUCUAGCUUUAAAAAGUGACGGCUGUUUCGAUAAAGAGACUGGUCAAUUUUCUUUCUCUCCAAGACGUUUCUUUAUCGAUUACAAAGGGGGAUGAAAAUUUGUAGAGGAGUUUGUUGAUUUUUUUUUCCGAAACGCGUGAGAGGGAGAAAGAGAAGGAGAACGAAGAAAAAGUGCCUAUAUACAUCAGUAAAAAAAAAAAAAGAAAAAAAAUUAUUCGUUAGCGUGUACGAUGCGUUCCAACGAGUACGGACAGUGUCAAUUACAGGUUUAAAGAAAAAAAAAAAAAAAAUGAGUGACAUACGAAUUGCAUCGAGGAAAUCGAAGAAUAAUAUACAGAUACGACGAAAGCAAUAUCGAGCGACGAUCCGAGAUUACAAAACGCUUGCGAGUACCAAUUAUUAACAACGACUAUGAUGACGACGAUAUAAUGAUUGCGAACUAUGAUUACUAUUAUUGUUAUUAUUGAUUGCGAACCUAAAUUAAUGAGCUAAUUGCCGUGGUACCGCGAGCGAGUCUCGUUUUUUGAUAAAAGGGAUAGCUGAUGUAGGAACGUUGUAGGGUUUUAGUAGUAUAGCCCAGACCUGUCUAACUGCUAGAAGUGAAAUAGCCACUGCUCCCAUUCUUACCGCUUCAGACUUCCCCCACCAUCCAGUAGUGCCAGUAGUGGGGCAGCGGUUUCUCUCAGCAUGACUAGGAAUACCCGUCAAAUAUCGGAAGAGUGGGGAAACCAACUGGAAGAGUGGGGGGAGUCGAGCGCGAGCUCUGUGGUAGGGGAAAGAGCCACGAGUGGCCCGCGGGCCGCAGGUUAGACAAGUCUUAUAGUCAAUAAAAAAUCAGACUGUACCAUUAAAAAGGACCCGCAUUCAAAUCCCAGCAAAGUCCCAUUUCUCGGAAAUUCCUACAUUAAUGCAACAGUGACUUCUACGAAAUUAUAAAUCCGAUCGAUUAAAAGAAAGAAAAAUACAAAUUCUUACGAACUCGUUUGUCGCGAACCACGGCGUGUUAGGGACGGAUGUGAUAUAAGGUGAACCUUAACCUUACCUAUAAACGCAUAUAGAAUGUUGAUAUUGUAUGCAUUGUGAUAGUACCCUCGAGGAAACAACAACAAACACACACCAAUUAAAAAAAAUAACAUCAACAAUAAUGAACCGCCUAAAAAAAAAAAAAGAAAAAUCCCUGCCUCCUCCAAAGUGCGACUGAUAUUUACAGGAUAUUGUUCCAAUUGGAUGCUCCCAAAGAAGCCGGGGUAUUCAAAAGCAAUAACUUCGUAGACGGUCGCGGAUCCUCGAGCGAGGCACACACGCGACCGAUAUUAAAUAUAUAAAAAUAAGAAUAACGGCGCAGAAAAUAAGAAGAAAGGUAAAAAAAACGUUGAGAAUAGGCCGAAAUGAAUUUUUAACCUUAUAAAUACAUUAAUUUAGCGGCGCAGCAUCUCCACGAACACUUUCACACAUACACACACAUUCGCAUGAACACGUAGCGUGAAACAAGCAUACGGUAACGCGUCAGGAUUUAUUAAAAAUAGAAAAGAAAUAUUAAUUUAGCGAGAAUGAGAGAACGAGUGACAGGGAACGGUACGAAAGGGAAAUAGUAGAAUAAAAUAUAAGCGAAGAAUCAUUUAUAUUACAUUCGAUUAAUCGCUCACACAUACACAGAUACACCAUACAAUGAGCCUAAUAAAAACCUAAUGAUUUAGUAAGAGUUAUUAUUAUAAAUAAUACAGAGAAGAAGGGCGACGAGAUUAGCGAUGGCUUUUAUAAGAUGAAGUAAUACGAUGCAGCGCGCAUGGAACGCGCACCACUGGUUACAUUGAUAUACAUAAAUCUAUUAUAAAUAUAUUAUAUAUAUACAUAAAGAAUAUUAUAUAUAUUAUAAUAUUCGAACUUUGGUUCGAAGAAAAUAGCGACGAACGAAUAGAAAGAGCGCAAAAUAAAAAAAAAAAAAA